AUGGUCAUCAAAGUGCAUCCAGAAUCAUACUUGAAUAGCCUAAAGAGUAGCUCAAAUGUUGCCAUCAUUGUUGAGGUCCCCCCUGUUGCUGUAUUGCCCAAUUGUGUUGUGCAGCAGAAAGUUCUUUCUCCUUUUCGCAAGCAGGUUGGAGGAACUAUAUUGGCUGCAAAGCUUGCUAAAGAACGUGGAUGGGCUAUCAACGGGGGUGGGUUCCAUCAUUGUUCGGCUGCUAAAGGAGGUGGAUUUUGUGCUUAUGCAGACAUUUCUCUUUGCAUACAUUUUGCCUUUGCCCGUCUAAAUAUUUCAAGGGUGAUGAUUAUUGAUCUCGAUGCACACCAAGGAAAUGGGCAUGAAUUGGAUUUUUCUAGUGACAGAAGAGUUUAUAUUCUUGAUAUGUACAAUCCUCAUAUUUAUCCCUUUGACUAUGAAGCCAGGAGGUAUAUUGAUCAGCAAAUUGAAGUGCCGACUGGGACAUUAACAAGCGAUUACUUGUCAAAACUAGAUGAAGCUCUUGAGGUUGCUUCACGGAAUUUUAGUCCUGAGUUGAUCGUGUACAAUGCUGGCACUGAUAUUCUGGACGGAGAUCCUCUGGGCAGGUUGAAGAUCAGCCCGGAGGGAAUUGCCACAAGGGAUGAAAAGGUGUUUAGUUUUGCUCGUGAGAGGAGCAUACCUCUUGUCAUGCUUACAUCAGGUGGUUAUAUGAAAUCCAGUGCAAGAGUGAUUGCAGAUUCAAUUAUCAACCUCUCCAAGAAGUCCUUCAUAGAUCUGCAGAGUUCACCAGGGAAAAUUUAACCGCCAUAGAGUCCUUUUUGUGCUCCUAUUACAAAAAACAAAAUGUUUACUACUUGGAAAUCAAAAUAGGUUCCUCAAUUUUUUCUUUGGUAUGCUAGUCAAGUACUCCUGGAAAACGAAAAGAAUAGUCUGUAGAUAUAGGAGAAAUUAGAAAAACGCCAUGGAUGUCAUCAUCUCCUCUCUCUCUCUCUCUCUCUCUAAGUGGUGAUAUGUAGACAGGCUACAAGUCUAAUACAAAGCUGUACUGCUGAAAUUGUUGUUUUAUUUUGGAGUGGCUGUAAGGAAGCAAGAUCAAGAGAUGAAGGCUGAAAGUUAUUCGGGUUAAACAGUGCAGAGCACUCAAUGAACUGGCAACUUGCUCCUGGAAUUCAUUGCAAAGGUCCAGUCUCGUUCAGACAAGAGUAUCAGAUUCUUCUGUCAGCCAUGAAAUGCUGAGCUGAAAUGGUUCUAUCAGCCAUGUAAUAUAUGUGUCACAUGAAUCUUUUUACGCUGUUGAGUUCUGAAACCUUUCUCUGGGAUUGGGAGUUAGCUACUUAAUCCUCCUCUUAAUGACCAAGAAACCAUGGGGAACGUGAGCCUUCGGCAAGAA